AUGGGGUGGCGGGGCAGAGGAGUAGGGAGAGCUGGAGAGGGCGCGGCCGAUAAUGGUGUCGGAGAGCCGGAGCCGGAGCAAAGUAAGAGCGGGGGAGGGCGGUCGUCGGAUUGGGAGUCGGGACUGGAGAUGGAGAAGAGGAGUCGCGGUCUCGCCGGAGAGGAAGAGGAGUCGCAGAGAGGAAGAGAGGAGUCGCGAUUGCCGAUUAGGGAUUGUGAUUUGUGA